ACUCCCAUUUCCAUUUCCUACCCACUUCCUCAUAUUCCAAAUUCAAUAGUUUCAAUAAACUAAACUUCCUACAAUAGUUGUCUUCGUCUUAGUUCAGAUCUAGAAUUAUUCUCAACUAUUCGUACGUUCGAAAGAUCCUAAGCCAUUAGAGCUUCUUUUUUUUCUUUUUUUUUUUGCCUCUAAAAUUUAUGAAGAGAGAAAGGGAAGGAGAAUUUGAAGGUUUAGAUAUGGUAGAUUGCUUGAUGUUGUUGUCCAAAGUGGAGGAGCCAUGGCGGAAGAGUAGUGCUCCGGCGGCGGAUUCCGGCAAAGCUUUUGUGUGCAAAACGUGUAAUCGGGAAUUUUCAUCGUUUCAAGCUUUGGGAGGACAUAGGGCCAGCCACAAGAAGCCCAAUUUCAAAGACGCUAACGGCCCAUUAACUAAGCCCAAGGCCCAUGAAUGUCCGAUUUGUGGGCUUCAUUUUCCGAUGGGACAAGCGUUGGGCGGCCACAUGAGGCGCCACCGCACCACAGCCACCACCGCCGCCGUCGUGGAAAAAUCUGAUGGGUGUGGGAAAAGGGGUUUUGGGUUGGAUUUGAACUUGACGCCAAUAGAGAACAAUUUGAAGUUGCAGUUGACGACUCCCUUUGUAGAUUGUUUUAAUUAAUUAUUUAUUUUCUUAAGGCCUAAGGAGUUUUGAUUUUUUUUUUUUUUUUAAGAAACAAUUCUUUAUUCAUUUAUUAUAUUCUAUAUUCAUGAA